AUGACCCUAUCCGGCGCUCGGCUCCUUGAAUCGGCCUUCAUCGGGCCCGACGUGCUCAAGCAGCUGUAUAAAUUCUUUGCGGAUGACCUAGCGCUAGGUUCGUCUGCAAGGUGGGAAGCGCGGAGCAGGUCUCGAUCAAGCGGUGGCAGCACGCCCGACGAUGAAUCAGGCCCAGACCCGGAGAAAAAGUUGGGUGUCGAAGACUGGAAGCUGUUCGAUACUCAGCCGGUUGACCCACUGGAAGACGAGCCGAAGGAUUGGCGGACGAUGGUGGACCUACAAGGCUACUCCAACCUCGAAUUCCUGCUUGCCGUCCAUCGUCAUCGAUUCGCGCUGUUAGAACGCAAUCAGGACACCGGGCUCUACCAUAUUUCCCUCACCUGUACUCCGGAAUUUUUGGAUGAAGAGGCCGAAAUUACGUGUGCCAUCGCUUUUGGAUUAGGGACGAAUCGAAAGACGGAACGAUUGGACUGUAUUUGUAUCGCCGUCGGGUCAACCAAGGGCCAAGUAGCUUUCUACACGGAGAAGGGAGCGCUAUUAUUCGUGGAGCGAUUCGCGUCGACGGCCAUUUUGGACGUGUCUUUUGAGCAAUUUACGGAUGAGCAACAAGUGGCCGUAUCGACGGAGUACGAGAUUUUCUCGAUUCAGCCCUUUGCCCUUCUAUCUACUUUGGCAAGAGCUAAAUCUCAGAUUGCCAAGGGCGAAAAUACGUGGGCAGAACUAUCAUCGACUCUGGAGCUAGAUGUGGAAAGGAUCGAACCGGAAGGCGGCGGGCCGUUUGGCUCUGUGAUCAUUACGGGGACACAGAAACAAAUGGCUUUCGACAGAUACGUGACUGCAGCGUGUCAUGGAUAUGAUAGGCAAAGUCAUCGCCCCAAGCUCCCGAACUAUUCGACGUUCUUUGUGACGCGCCCCGACAAACAUUUGGGCGAUUUUAUCUGGCAUGAGCAAGGAGCUCGCGGCAAUUUGAUCACGGCCGCUGUAUCAGAGGUCGCCAGCAAAAUGAUCCCGCAUUUCGGGAUACGAAAAUUCUUUGGCUGGAAUACGGACGAAUCGAAGAAGACAUGGGCCUCAGGGAGACCAAAAAUAACUGCCUAUGCACGAGGUGUGCUCGGUGAGGCCAGGGUCGCCGAAUGGCUCGUUCGGGCUCCUGAUGCUCCACUCCUAGCCGUCGUCGACAAUCAUGCUAGGAUUCUGCUAAUAGAUUAUAAACAACGCCAAGUUUUGCGGAUAUGGAAAGGAUACCGAGAUGCCCGAUGCUUAUUCGUCACGGCGAAGGAAGAAAACAGAUCGGCGCUUUUCCUCGUCAUACAUGCUCCAAGAAGGGAUUUGCUAGAGAUUUGGAGCCCAGCUGGCUUUCGCGUAUCUGCCCGUCACGUCCCGAGCGGCUCGAUUCUUUUGGACGGAGGUGGAGACAUGGUGUUGGGCAGUGGCAGCACCGAUCUCUCCGCAUCGGCAUUCCUUUCACUUCCGGACGGCCGUUUCCUCGUUGUUGAUGUGCCUUUUAUAAGCGCAUUUGUGAAGACGGCGUCGCAAGAGGACCAUGAUAACCUGUAUCUCUCAAAGCUGUCCACUGAUGCUUACAAUGACGGUACGAGAUGCGCGAGGACUUUUUCCGAGUUGCGCACGACGAAGGGGCGUCAUGAGCUGCUGAUGUCGAUGAUUAUGGCAGCUACUUCGGCUGAAGGAUUGGCUAAUGCUUGCAGAUUAAUCUCUGAGGAUGAGGCAGCAGCGUCGGUUCAAGAACUACUCGACACGAUCAGCACUCUAGCGAAGUGUUAUCAAGAUCUCGCCGUACCGCCCAGCCCCGUCCCCAGCAUUUCCAAGGAAAAAUUCAAAAAGCGGCUCCAAAUCACGGAAGAGACCUUCCAGUUCCUGGCUCAUCUCCUUGAUUUUCAGGGAUCAGCGAAUUACGAUGAAUAUUUGGGAUUUGAUGACUUUAUCGCGAUGAUCGACUUCAAGUCUAAAUCUACUGCUCUGCGCGACAAGAAACUGCCGGAUAAGGAUGCAGUAAGAUUAUCCCGGCUUCUCUUCCGAGCAUUUAUUCAUGGCAGUCGUGGUUUUGCAGAGCAGUUGGAAAUCUUGAAGAAGCUGCCCUUUGAAGAGGAAGAUUAUUUGUGGUUGCUGCUCCUCCAUUGGGUCUAUGCGACAAAACCACCGACGGCCAGGGAAACGCUAUGUUUUCUCAUUAUGAUUGAGCAUUUUUCAAAAGGGAGCAACGAAAUGCUGGAGAAGCGGUUGGCUGAAUGCGAAAAUAUGGAUCGCGCCAUGCCGCUGUAUCUGAUCUUCAACCUGGUCCGGAUCCGAAAAGAUGGCGAGGCCCCCGAAACGGACAUUUCUUGCUUUGAAGAAAGUGAUGACAAUGGGAAAGCGAGCCCAGUGAAUGAGAUCAAUCUUCAUCACGGAGAAGCCGACGCGGAGCUUUAUAACGACACCGAUGCCGAGCCACCGAUUGAGCUGGAAUUGGACGAGCUCGACAUCACUGCUGGGUCUUCGGAUUGGGAAGCUAUGCAUCUUCACAUGGAGAUGUUGGACUGUUGGCUCAGAAUUGGUCACGUGAUGGAGUUGCUGCGGAGAAUCGGGCUCGAGAAGCAGUCGUUCGGCCGGCUGCUGACAAAUGGCAUAGGCUAUAUCUCGGAGGAGAUCUCACGCUAUGUCAUUACCAACAAGGUCGAAGCGGCUGCAUUGCCUGAUCUUUUAGCCGGACGAUCUGGGGAACACGCCAAGGAUUUUGCCGAGUUGGCCGUGAACGUGCCGGAGUCGCUGGGCGAAGACCGAAUCCGCUGCGAAGCCGCCUGGGAGUCGGUCUCAAUUUGGGCAAGGCGGAAAGAAGACGUGAAUUAUUUGAAGAUGUUUACCGACUACCUUUCUGCCAUUACGAAUGAGCGACUCCGUCACGGCAUCUGCAGACUCGCCUGGGACACUCAUCUCGGCCUCAUCUUCAGAGAGUUGGCGCAGCUCGUUGAUAAGACUGGCCGCGCUCCGAAGGAUCGUGAAGCGAGGAAAAACCUCGGGCUGCCGGAUGUUUAUGUGAAACAAUUCAUCGAGGCGUGUAUCGUCUGCUUGCGUGAAAUGCUAUCAUCUGUACGCGACGAGCCCCCGGUGUGUGCCAUCGAGCAUGAGGAUUGGCUAAAGGCGGCCUUUACCAGCAGUCCCUUCAAAUACUUCCAAUUCACGAAACGUUCCUCGUUAGCGGACGCGGCGGCAAAGCAGUCGCUGGUCAACUACCACCUCGUUCUGCAUCAUCUUCAUCUGGCGAUGGCCCUGACGCUUCAGGUAGAAGUGACCACUGAACGUUGUCAUCUCAUCCGCCAUUUGUUCUGUAACAUUGGCCAGCGCGCUUUCUUCUUACCACUCACCUCUCAUCCCCUAAUCCCCCUAGCGGAUGUGGAUGAUGUGAUCGCCGAGCGAAGAUGUCUUUGGAUUGAAAAGGCCAGCGAGGAAUUCGACCUCGACCACAUCAAAGUGGCCCGAGAAUUGUGCGCCGAAUGGAACCUCGGGCCUGACGACGCGAUUGUCGGGCUGGUGACGCGGUUGCUGCGAAACGGGGAGGAUGAAGAGGCGAGCAAGAAAAUCACCUCACUUGUGCACACGGAGAGGAUAUCGGAAAAGGUAACACAUCUACUCGCUGCACGUGUCAUGAAAUUCACGGAUGCCUUGGAAAAGACAUUGAACUUGUCGACGGAAAAUCGCCUCAGAACCCUGGCCGGCGAGGAACGCGAUCGAGUACAGUGGCAAAGCGAAGAUGCGGACGGCUGGCAACAAUCUAUCGUCUCACUCGGCCGCAUCGCCGCCGCCAUUCGCCUGAACGAGACGGCCGACCGGCAGUUGCGCGACAUCAGCUCGGUGUGCCUCAACCACUUUGGGAUCCGAUUCUGG